GCAUUGUAGAAUAAUAGAGAAUACUCUAAUAAUAUGAUAACAGUAUUAUACAGUACUGUAUAAUAGUAGAACAGUAUAAUGACAAUAGAACACACAACACUCCUCCUCGGAUAGACUCACCGACUCUCCUCCUCGCCACGAGUCAGAGUCACGGCCUCGUCUAGAUAAGAGCCAACCUAAUUGAUCCCCCCUACUUCUAUAUAAUCUCAUGGCCCCACCUCCUCUCACCUCUUCCUCUCCUCCCUCCUCGUCUUCCCUCUCCUCACUCACCCUCCUCAACCAUGGAAGAAAAAACCUACGAAGUCCGCGCGACCCCCCUCGACGUCGCAAACGGCACCACCACCGAACUCACCUCCUCCCCCAAGUCCGGCUUCUGGCACUCCAUCGACCAAUUCAUCAAGCUCGACUCUGCCUCCGACGUCCGUCGCAGUAAUGCCGACCUCGACCCCGUCCCGCUCGAGGGCCGCACCUGGCGAAUGCGCCACUACGCCCUCUUCUGGAUCUCUGACCAUCUCUCUGUCUCUGGCUUCCGUGCCGCGGCUUCCGUCAUGGAAGUCGGUCUUUCCUGGAGACUUGCCCUCCUCUGUAUCUCGCUCGCAAACAUCUUCCAGGGCGUCUUCAUCACCAUCAACGGUGUCGUCGGCGCGCAGUACCAUAUCCCCUUCUCCAUCCAGGCCCGCGCUUCCUUUGGUUACUACUUUUCCUAUGUCAUGAUCCUCAUGCGUAUGAUUGUCGCCAUCUUCUGGUACGGUAUUCAGGCUUAUACCGGUGCCGAAUGUGUUCAAUCAAUCCUCUACGCCCUAUGGCCCUCCUUCCGCAACGUGCCCAACACCCUCCCCGAGUCUGCAAACAUCACCACCCAGUUCAUGACCGCCUACGUCAUCUACUUCGUCAUGUGUCUUCCCCUCCACUACGUCGGCGUGCAGCGCCUGAAAUGGCUCUUCCUCGUCAAGGCCAUCGCGACCCCCAUCGCCUGCUUCGCGCUCCUGGGCUGGACCGUCGCCAAGGUCGGCGUCGGCAAGGACUCGCUCUUCAACCAGGGCAACACCGUCCACGGCUCUACCCUCGCCUGGGCUUUCAUGCGCAGUCUCUACUCAAACAUCGGCUCCGGCGUCACCCUCAUGGUCAACGCGCCCGACUACUCCCGCUACGCGACCACGCAGCCGGCAACCUAUGCCACCGCCGUCGCCGUCCCCUUCACCGCGACAGUCAUGACCCUAAUCGGCGUCAUCGUCGCCUCGGGCUCGAAAGUCCUCUACGGCACCAUCCUCUGGGAUCCCCUGCUCAUCGUCAACAACUGGACCUCGUCCGGCGGCCGCGCGGCCGCGUUCUUCAUCUCCUUCAGUUUCCUGCUCUCCCAGCUCGGUCUCAACAUCGCCGCAAACUCGCUCGCGGCCGCAAACGACAUGAACUGCCUGCUGCCGCGGUACAUCAACAUCCGCCGCGGCCAGUUCAUUGCCUCGAUCCUGGGCUCGUGGGCGCUCACUCCCUGGAACAUUCUCACCUCCGCGCCGGCGUUCCUCAACUUCAUGUCGGGAUACUCUGUCUGGCUCGGCCCGCUCUGCGGCAUCCUCGUCUCGGACUUUUUCUUUGUCCACAAGAAGAAGUACGACGUCUACGAGCUCUACAACUUCGAGGGCAUGUACAAGUACUACCGCGGCUUCAACUGGCGGUCCGCCGUCGCGUUCACCAUCGGCUGGGUGCCUCUUCUCCCGGGCUUCCUUCCCAGCGUGUCAAACAUCUACUCGACCCCGGCCAUGAUCCACCUCUACGACCUCGGUUUCUUCUACGGCUUUGGCGCCGCCUGUCUGUCGUACUACGUCGUCUGCCGAUUCUGGCCUGCGACCGAGACAUAUGUCGAGCGGGGAGUGUUUAUCGAUGACUUUAUCAACUCGUCGUCGGCUGAUGAUAUUGCCGAGGAGCUCGGAUAUACAGAUGAGAAUUCGAUGGAGAAGAAGUCGGCGUAGAGUGUUCUUUAGUGUUUUUUAUAUAUACGUUUUUUUGGUUGUGCUAUGUAUAUUGAUAUUUGAAUACGGAAUACCUAUGGAACUAUAU